UAAAAGAGGUGUCUGCCAAGGCGCGAGGCUUAGUCCGUUUUUGAUUUUUAGACAAAAUGAAGAUACUCAACUUGUUAAUCCUGCUCGUCCUGGUGGCCGUGGCUCUAUCAGCUCCCGCUGCCUCCCCAGACAAUGCUCCCACGGUAUCCGUGCUGCGCUACAAAGAUGACCAGGAUUUGGCUAACAUUCAGCGGGCAAUUAUUGCGCAGUACGAAAGAAUUGGCGGCACCACUAAGGUUCACCAGCCACUGACGGCCAAUAUCGUAAACCCAGCAAGCCUUGGAAUUGUCAUUUAAUGCUCGUCGAAAAUAAAUCGUUUAUAUUUGUGAUUGUUAA